ACAUUGAGCUCAUUUCUCAAAGACAGUGUUGCUGUUUUGUUUGGAUUCUGAUUAAAUCUUACUGAAUUUUUUCUUUUUCAUCCGUUUAUUAUUAAAAAUCAACAAUGAUUUCGACCCGUUUAUUGAAUCUGAUUCCAAGAAGUGUGAUGCGUCAAUCAUUGGCACGAUCACAUGAUCAUAAAGAAGUUGUCUACAAAGGAGCUAGUUUUCCUUUUGAUACACACAAUGGUCGUUCUUUGGCCAUCAAAAUGAUCUUAUUCUUUUCGAUUCCAUACUCAUUACCGUAUUUGGUAUGGCGACGUCGUUUGGCUCGUAACAAAGGAAUCUAAACAGAGAACUUAUGGUCCAUCAUUCAAUUUUGGUUAGAUUUUGUUGUUGAAAAUUAUUUUUCCAAAAAAAUGAUGAUAAGAUUGGGCAAAAAAA